AUUUAUAUACGCUUCAUACAUACAGAGCUGGUGAAAACACAGUGCUCACCAAAUGUCAGUUGACGUCAGAAGGUCUUGAGAAGCGCGAGGCGUGCAUAUACUACGUAUAUAACAGGGAGAACCCCCGAGAGUGGGAGAGAGAUCGAGAGAGCGCGUUCAACUUUCGAUUGAGUUGAUAUUUUGGCUAUUUCGCUUUUGUUCAGUUCAGUUCAAUUCAGAUACUCGUUGCCAGCCAAACCGAAGUGAAGUCAAAAACUCAUGUGCGUACUUACGUGUAAAGCAGUCGAAGAAAAUGUGCAAACAUACAACUACCAUAUGUACUUGUAUGUGGUGAAGAGUGUCAGCGUUAAUCGCCUUUUCCCUCUGCAUGACGACUAGAAAAUACUCGAUACCGUGUCUGUUUGGCCAAGUGAAAAACAAAAUUGAUAUUGUGUAAGUUAUAUCUAGCGUUGGGAAAACGAUGAAAAGUGUCAUUCCUAAAAAUACACCUCCUCGGGAAAGGAAGUCGCAAUAAACGUGCUAGUCGUCGCCACAAAGAAACCGAGACUCUGGAAGUAGGGCUGAAAAGUAGCCAUCAUGACUAGCUCACCACCCAAAACGGCAGCCCGUUUACAGAAAAUCGAUAUUCUAGUCGCGCUGUAACGCUGGCUAGCGCCUAGCUGAAACAAAACAAAAAAAUAACAGACAGGCGAGACAUUAGUAUACCGAAAACCUCUUCCGCCAAUGGUCGACAUAUAGCCGCAAAUGCCUACGCUACAUAUCAGCCCCAAAAACAAAAAUACAACCAUCUGUGAUACGCGCGUACCUAAAACAGUUUGCGAAAUGAACUAACUUUGCUCCGAUCGAGGGUAUCACUGGGAAAUUAACGAUGCGUCUUGUCCGCAGUAAAUGUUGUCAACGUGAUGUAUCCGACUAUUUGAGCACCCCGCACCAGUCGUCAACAAACUCCGAAGUCCACACCAAAAAUAUAUUUACACGCUAUUGGGACGACCACAUAAAAAUGAAGGAACUCAACGAAGAAAGGUCCAGGGGCAAGCCCACCUCAUCAUCAUCUUCAGCACCUGCCAAACAAAUCCAGAGCGUUACCUUCGUGAGAAGUACGGGGACCAGUAAUCCACCAGCUGUUUGCGACCUAAAUGGAAACGGGAAUGGGAACUCGGCCCAAACCGAGUGGACCUUUCCCCCAAAAGCGCCCACCCCACAUAUCUACAAUUGCCUGACUCCCGACAUGAUGGCAUCAAGUGAUAAAAACAGCUUUAAAGGAUUUCGGAAGCAGUUCAGUGGACGAUUUAAGCGCCUAGUAACUCGAAAAGUGGAACACACUCCAGUGAUACCUCCAGAAUUGAAGCCGCAACUUAAAACAAUAUACGUUUACUAACUUAAGAUGUAACGACAAUUGCAAGCACAAGUGUUUUCGCCAUUAUACACGAACACUCCCUAUGUGCGUGUAUAUGGCAGGAAACAUUAGUGAUAGGAAAAGCAAGAUAAACUAAGUAAUCAUAAUACCAUUCUGAUUGACAAUUUAAGUAUUCAGCGAUUCGUGCGUAUUGUUAGGCUCAAUAAAAAGAACAUUUCAUAAGACAGACAAAAGUUUAAUGAAGUUGGGAUGAAAACCGCGGGGCUAAAACUAACAUAUCAAAGAAUUCAAAUAUGUAGUUCUAAUUAUCAAACUAGUUUGAUGUUUAAAAAUCCUCCCCAAGUUGUAUUCUGAAUCUAUGUAAUUGCUUUCUCUUUGAAUAAGUUGCAAAACCUCCCUAUUGUAAAACUGUUCAUUAAUUAUAAUUAAAGCUUUUUUAACUACCUUAA